UCUCUCUCUCUCUCUCUCUCUCUCUCUCAUAUUAGUCUCCGUCCCGCUCUCAUCGGUGUUAACAGUCCCGGGCGAUCUCUCUCCUCCCCCUGAUGAACGACUCCCAUCGCACGACCCAAUCGACGGCUCUGAUCCCAACCCCGGCCCUCCGAACCCCCAUCUCCGCCGUCCAUCGCCUUCUUCUCCUUCCUCCUCCUCGCGUCUAGGGUUUGGGACGCAUCUCGGGGGAGGGCUCCAUGGCGGAGUUCGCGGCCCCGGGCACGCCCGAUAGCGGCCACUCCGGCGACCUCGGCGGGAUCCGGGAGCACGACCGGUUCCUCCCGAUCGCCAACAUCGGGCGCAUCAUGAGGAAGGCGAUCCCGGAGAACGGGAAGAUAUCCAAGGACGCUAAGGAAUCCAUCCAGGAGUGCGUCUCCGAGUUCAUCAGCUUCGUCACCAGCGAGGCCAGCGACAAGUGCCAAAGGGAGAAGAGGAAGACGAUCAAUGGCGACGACCUGCUCUGGGCGAUGGGGACGCUAGGGUUUGAGGAUUACGUCGAACCCCUCAAGCUCUAUUUGCAGCUCUAUAGAGAAAUGGAGGGGGACAGCAAGGGUUCACGCCCUGCCGAUCAAUCAGGAAAGAAAGAAGGUGUAAUUAAUGGUGACCCUGGGGCUUCGUUGUAUAUUUUCCUGGAGGGACAGGUCUUUAGUAGGAAGAUGGUGAUGUGUUGAAGAGACUAGGAAGAUAGCGAUAUGUUCAGGAGACGAGCCACAUAACAUGUGGAGGGGCAGUGAACCUUUCCAUUGCCUAGGCUAAAAGUGAUGUUUAACCGGUUUUGACAGGUGCUCUUAGCAUCUUGUUGCAGAAUUAGAGUCUGCAAGUUCUGGCUUAUCUUUGAAAGGAAAUUGGUCUUUAGAAGGACUUGUAUUUGACACCAAUCAACUGGGACGGUAAUCCUGGUUUUAGUUCCAAUGUCGUAGAUUUGCUGGGAAUUUUAUUCUUCAGCAAUUUUGAAAUUUCAGGACCACACAAUCCAAUACUGCUUAAGGUU